AGUUAUUUACAGGCAAAUGAUGGGUCAACAACUACAUGGCCUGAGCUUCAACGACCUUCGACACCUAGAACGUCAAUUAAGUAACGGAUUACACUCUGUUGAGGACAAGAAGAAGCAGAAGAUCAUUGAAGAGAAUGAAAGGCUGCGGAAACAGGUGGAGGAGCUUCAACGAACUGUCAAAACAGCUAACUAUGAUGGUGGAGAGAAGGAAGAAGAAAGUGAUAGUGAUAUUUCAGUGACUUCAUUGCAACUGGGGUUGUCUUGUGAUGGUAAUAAGAAGAGGAAAGCAAGUAAGAGUGAAUCCGUGUGCAACGAUUCAAGGAGUCAAAUGGGUUCAGAGUGAUUCACCAUGAAAAGAAAUCAUUCUAUGCAAUCGUUGUAUGUACAACGAAUAAUUUUUAAUAAAGAUGAGAUUCCUAUGAACUCCAUCAUGAUUAGAUAUUACAAUAAAAUCGUUGUAAUACAACAAUUGUACUCUAAAUUUUCUGUGCUGAGAUAACCUUUUCUAGUUCAUGUUUUUAAAUAGAAUAAAGGAUGGGUAUUUUAUUUACAA